AUGCCAAACACUGUGAAGGAACUGAGCUUUCCCUACUCAUCAUCUAAAGGAGAGGGAAUUGACGACUUCUGGCAAGUGCUUAUGGAAGGCAGAAACUACACGGUAGAGAUUUUACCAGAAAGGCUUAAUUUUGAAGGAUGGUUUGAUGCAGAUGACACCAAGCCAGGUAAAAGCCGGGCAGGAAGAGCUGCUUCUAUUGAAAGAUUGAAUGAAUUUGACAAUAACUUGUUUGGAAUUAGUGACUUGGAAGCUGAAUGUCUGGACCCUCAGCAGAAAUUGCUUCUGGAAUGCACUUAUAGAGCCCUGGAGAGUGCUGGGGUCCCUGCCAAGGAGGUGGCUGGUUCCAGGACAGGAGUCUUCAUUGAUAUUAUGAAUCAAGACUAUGAAUUUAUGUCUCGUAGAACUCCAAGAACGCAAACCACUAUAAUGCCUCUGGAUCUGCAACGAGCAUAGCUGCUAACAGGAUUUCUUAUGUGUUUAACCUAA